AUGACUGGGCGCCGGUCGCCGCCCCUCCCGCAGUCCGGCCGGCCUUCCGCUCGGACGUCCGGGACCGCGCACUCCGCAAGCGCGCCGGGCCAGGCGCAGGCACGCUUUUCCCGGCCGGGCGCGCCCCCGCGGCGGGUUCCGUUCCCGGCGGGCGGACGGCCGCGCGCACGAGUGAGCAGCCGUGACGUGCGCCGCGCUACGCCCGACGUCACGGGUGCGUGUGUAGUGGCGGCCGGGCUGCCCUCCGCGGCGGCGCCUGGUGAAGGUGUCGCGGCCGCUGGACGCAGCCUCCAGGGGGUCGCACGGCCCACGGCGGCGACGAGGACGACGACGCGAACGCCCGGUGCCGCCACCGCGCAGUCGCCGCUGCCGCCUCUUCGCUGGUCUCUGGCGGCGCCGGCCCGCGGCUUCCUCCUUUUCCUGCCCUGCUCCCCGCGGGCCUCAGGGCCGCGGCGGCGAGAAGCACCGAGGGCGCCCAGAAGACCCGGCCGGCCGCGACGGCCCACGCGCCCACCACCCCGCCCGGCCCGGGCUCCAUGUGAAGGAGGGACGGGCCUGCCCCGCCGGCCGGCGCCCGACUCCUCGCGCGCCCCUCCGGCCCCCGGGGACCCCGCGGUCUCCCCCGACCAGGGCCCGGGUGACAGGCCGCGCGGGGACGGAGGGGCGGGCUCGGCGGCGGCGGCCGCUCCUCGGGCCUGUGGCCCUCUACGUCCCCGCGGAACGGCCGCUUCUAAGGAAAUAAUGCUGAUGGGAGAACCAUUUUCCUAAUAUUCAAAUUGUUGAGCUGGUUACCAUGAUGGGUGA